AUGACCCUCCAAGUCCCGUCACAGACGAGCUAUGUGACAACCUCAUCUGCGCCCGUCGCGAGUCAGGCAUGGGGCCCGCAUAUGUGGUCCUUGAUUGACAAGGAGAUGACACUGAAGGAGUGUACGGUAUACUGCUGGGCCCCACCUGACGAACCAUUUGAUGGUGAGGAAGGGUCUAUCUGGAGCCUAAACUACUUCUUUUUCAACAAAGAUAGGAAGCGCGUAGCAUACAUCUACGUUCGAGGCGUCCCAGUGAUAAACCAUAGUCCUAGGCAACGAAGUGGCAUGAGCAAGAGAAGUGGCAGUAGUUACAUCCGCGGCGCGAGCAAGCGUGCAAAAUACUGGUUGGGAGAACAGGCAGCCAAUGUUACUAAUGAUCAGGACGAAGAUGCCGAGGAUAUCACAAUGUGGAGCGAUGAUGAAGCCGACGCAGACGACUUCGAUGUGAUAUCUGACGGAGAUGAAUUCUGCGACGCUUACGACGACGAGGCCGAUGAGUCGGAUGAACAAAGUUGGAAGGGGCCAGUACGAGGAGUUAGUGAGGACAUCGCUGCUUCAAUGGACUUGGACCCUUGAAUAUUUUCCUUUGUGAUUGUUACUGGUCAGGCGUUUGGGAACCGCCGGCAACGGUUCCACAAGCAGCUUGAUAUACCACUUUUGCGUUUAUUAUGUAUGCUGUAUGGAUGUUGUAAGGAUAAGGGGGGGCAUAUCGCGGCGUUAAACCAUGGUCGGUGAGAGCGAUUUUUGGUUGGCGUUGGGGCGUGUAAUUAGCUGGAGUCUGAUCCGCGUGCAAACACAACCUCAUCAUAACCAUUAAUACAGUUCUACUUCAGUGAUUUGAUUUAGGAGCAUGUUCUUUUGAAUCGUUAAUACAAGGAAUACAGUAGUC